AUGAUAUUUGACAUCGUCUGUAGGAACAUCACCUACAUCCAAGCCGAAAAGAUGGAAGAUGUUGAACAAUUCACCACCGUGACGCUCACUCAGGAGGAGCUUGAGAUGCUCGUUCAAGCCCGAGCAGUAAAAAUGAUCGAGCAGCAACAACAACAGGUCUUCAGAUACUUCCGGGCUGCCUUCUUACAACAAUUCGCCAGCAGCCGUUGUUAUCAGAAGACGAGCGUCAAUCUCUUCUCCAUGAAGCAAAGAUCGAAGGAAACACUCCGAGCCUACAUCCAACACUUCAAUAAGGUGGUUAUGGACAUCCCAUUGGUCUCAUCCAAGACCAUGAUGAAUGUCUUCACCCAAGGGCUCGUCGAGGGAGAAUUCUUCCGAUCGGUCAUCAGGAAGCCACUCAAGGACUUCGACCACCUGCUCAGAAAGGCCAACGAGCGAGUACAUAAAUGUGGAAGAAGGCCAAGUGACAAGGAAGAAGGAAGCGCCGGCCGAGCCUACACUGGCACCCGAGCGGCGUCCGACAAGAAGGCACCAACCACCCAGGGGGCCAAAAGCGGAGGCAGCACAUCCACACCAGGAGGCCUGGAUGCAUGUUGUGCAACAUGUGUCCGCCGCUUAGCAGAAGGCGUCGAGAGGCAAGAGGAUAUUGCCGCCACUCCCCAUCUCCUGAUUGGUGAGAUCGACAUCGAUCCAUCGGGCGGAGAGAGGACGAAAGAAGGUCGGCGGAGCAGCACCGUCAACAACAGCGAAGGGAUAACGCUGAUCCCUCCAGAAUCCCAGCCGAGCGAAACAGGUCUUCCACUCGGGAGGAAGAAAAUAGAAGCAAUCAAAGAAAGGGUCGAGGGACUGGAGAUCAGCUUUAGUCCUAGAGACUUGGAGGGCGUAGAGAUCCAGGAUGAUGAUGCCCUGAUCAUUCGAGCGGUGAUCGCCAACUCACCAUUCACCGGGCUUUCGUCGACACGGGAAAUUCGAUUCAAGCGCAAUGAAGUUUUGCCGAUCAGCCAAGCAAGGUUGAUCAUCUCACUGGGAGAAGAGUCGUUGAGGAGGAUUAGGACCACCAACUUCAUAGUGGUGGACGCAUUGUUAGCCUACAACGUCAUCUUAGGCCGACCAGCCCUCAACGAGUUCCGGGUGGUAGUGUCGACUUACUACCAGAAGAUCAAGUUCCUAGUGGACGAUCAGGUGGGCGAGGUCAAAGUCGACCAACUGGCCUCUCGGUGUUGCUAUGUGGAGAUGGUUAAGAUCGAGGUAAAAGUCGCUUAG